GAGAAUUUUAAGGGCCCUAUACGUGGCAUAAGGUAUGAAUCCUUUCCACGUCCGCCAUUUUGACAUACGGUACUUUUCGAGAGUGUUGGUUUUAUGUUUUAUCGUUUCUCGUGAAAAUAAUCUUUUUUACUGAAACGUAAGUAACGUAAGUGGCUUAUACAGGCAACGUGACAUUACGGGGAAGUCUCAAUAAUCAAACGACGUUUCUAAAUAAUGGAACUUUGAGCGGGGAACCUUUGACGAUUUGCUGGGGAGUAGGUCGAAGGUGACAGACAACCGGGUGUACGCAGUGGCUUCGCAAACUGCACAAUAUCUUCCGCCUUGUUCGCAAUACUUCGGUAUUGGCGUUUUAGGUAGCCGAUCACGUUUUAAAAGUGAAUAGAUCACCAGCAAAACACUCUAGAGUGAUCCUUAACGGUAUUUAAAUAAUCAGCAUUAACCAUGGGGAAUAUGUUUGCAACAUUAUUUAAAGGCCUUUUUGGCAAAAAAGAAAUGAGGAUUUUAAUGGUAGGUCUUGAUGCAGCGGGUAAAACCACAAUUCUGUACAAAUUAAAAUUAGGGGAAAUUGUUACAACAAUUCCUACUAUAGGUUUCAAUGUAGAAACAGUUGAAUACAAGAAUAUAAGUUUUACUGUAUGGGACGUAGGUGGUCAAGAUAAAAUCAGACCUCUUUGGCGACAUUAUUUUCAAAAUACACAAGGACUGAUAUUUGUUGUUGAUAGUAAUGAUAGGGAACGUAUUGGUGAAGCACGUGAAGAAUUGAUGAGAAUGUUGGCAGAAGAUGAACUUAGAGAUGCAGUACUUCUUAUAUUUGCUAACAAACAAGAUCUUCCAAAUGCAAUGAAUGCGGCAGAAAUUACUGAUAAGUUGGGGCUUCAUUCUCUCCGCAAUCGUAAUUGGUACAUUCAAGCAACGUGUGCUACAAGUGGAGAUGGACUUUACGAGGGUCUUGAUUGGCUCUCCAAUCAGCUCAAAAAUGCCAAUCGCUAAUUGGAACGUUAUUUUGUCAACAUUCAGUUGCUAUAUUAACAUCAUAAAAUCAGCUGCACACCUAUUCCCCCAUGAAUGAAUAAUAGUAUAAAAAGAGGUAAUACUAAGUGCAAACUGCGAGAUCUUUUUGAUCUUGAAGUGGAGGGUGAAGAUUGUCGAAAGUUGUCAUUGUGCCAGGAAGUUUUUUGGGGGGAGGGGAGUGGGGAAACCGGCCGGAAGCACACAUUCGAACGGCCACACAAGACUAUUGCCUUGUGCAACUUAUUAUUAUAAUUAUUAUUAUAUUAGCAUUAUAGUUACACUUUUUACACAGAGAUACCACGAGAAAAGUGGAAAACUUGGAAGUAAUUGUAUUAAAGUACCUAACUCUGAAACAUACAAUACACAUUGAUUAAUUAAUAAUUUGAAUAUCUUUGAAAAAACUUAAGAACAAAAAAGUGAAAUAUCCACGGUGUUGUCAGUUUGAAUAUGUUGGACAUACUGAUUAUCAUAAUGUAGCUGCAUAUUGUACAUUACAUUAUAUAAAUAUGAUGAUAAAAAUGUGAUCAAUAGAUGAGAGAAUGUUGCUCUGUCCACUACAUUAUAAAUGUCACAUCGGCCCAUCAGUUGACAUAAAAAAUGCAGUGAGUGGUAACUGACGGUGCAAUGACUUACUGUUUCUAGUUACAAAAGUUUGUUUCUAUUUUUUUAAGUUUUCAGUGGUAUACGUCGAUAAAAAAGUAAACAAAAAAAAAAAACAAAGCUAUGCAAAAUGGUUGUCUUACUGCUUAUGAUUAUCAGCAGGUGUUGUAAUUGCACCCUCCUUCACCUGUUUAGAAUAAAACGAACAGUCAGUCAACCAUGUAUAUCUCAGUGUAAAAGAGAUAUCAUUUAUUUAUUGCACCUUGAUAAGGUAAAAUUAGAAUAUUGUCAACAUUCCGAAAUUAUGCAUCGAUCGUGGCGGGAAAUGCAGAUAAAAAAAGAUUUGAAUAAAAAGAAAAUAUGAAAGAUGAAAAAAUGCGGAAUAAACUAAAAAAAAAAACUAAAAAAGUUAGGAAAGAACCUCUCACAGCAAAGAGAGAUAGGCCUCGCAAUUUCUAAGCCAGCUAUCCAAACUGGCAUGGCAGUCUGCCAGAUGAAGCCAUUUUCGCAAAGCCCUUCAAUCUCCUAAUGUUUUCCUGUCCUUAAAAAUACAUUGUUUUUACGAAAUAAUCUUCCCCUAAUUGAUCAAAUCGCCUUUCCGUCAUAUGCGAAGAUUCGUAUAAUUAUAUAUGAAUGUUUAAACGAUUUGUGAAAUAUACUGUAAUUGUGCUUUA